UGUCGGCGAAGAGCAGGAAGCUGUCGAAGACGAGUCAGCUGAUCUUUUCUGCGUUGCUGACGAUUCUUCCUUCGUCGUAGAUCUUUUGCCAAUAAUCCCUUUUUUGCCUGCAUCGUCCAUGGCGAACGCUUCCGACGACGUCCCUCUCGAUUCCCUCACCGUCGCUUGCUCUCCUCUGCCGAUGCCUUGCGACUCCAGCGUUGCCUCCUCCUUCCCCUUGAAUUCUAAUUUCUCUGAAUUUAGCCUCUCAGAGGCGUCCACCGAGGAGAUCGCCUCCAGACACUUCCCCUCGAGGCUUGACUUAGAAUUCGAGAGGGAAGAAGAUGGGGAGUUCCUGGACCGCGAUUACGACUGGGCCGCUGACGAAUUUUUCGUCGGACGGAGUAUGAACUCCCCGUCCGCUUCGAUCGACUUCUUCCGGGCUCACCCGAUCGAUUCGCGUAUCCUUCGCAUGGCUGGGUUUGAAUCGGAUUCCGACUCUGACGACCAGCAUAUCAUAACGAUCGGCGCAUCCUUCGACGAAGGCGAAGGGCGGGAGGAUUUGGAUGCAGUUUCAGCUGAUCUCGACCUAGGCAUUCCGCUUCCCUGGGAUUGCUUCCCAUCGGAAGGAGGCAGGAGGGAUCCCAAUGACGAAUUCGAGUGGGAGGAGGUGGACGCCCGCGUCGAAGAAAGGGACUCGAUCGGUGUCAUGGUUAUUGGCGAAGAGGAAAGAUCUGAGGUGAAUCGACAACUCGACCACGACGAAGACCAGGCUCGAGAUGUCGGAUGGGAGGUGCUCAUGUCUGUCAACAGCUUAGGCCGGAACACAGUGGAUCCUGAGGACGUGGAGCCGUACAUCGUUGACGAACAAGAGAGCUUGGAAGACGCCUCUGAUUCCGAGGCUUACGAAGUCCUGAUAGGCCAAUUCGCCGAUGAUAGCACCAUCAAGGUUAGCCCUCCGGCGUCCAAAUCGGUGGUGGAGAGCCUCCCGUCGGUGCUCCUCACUGAAGAGGAGGUUGCCAAUGCGGAUGCAGUGUGCGCAGUGUGCAAAGAUGGGAUCUUGGUGGAGGAAAGAGUCAAGCGGCUUCCUUGUUCGCAUCUUUAUCACAAGGAAUGCAUCCUGCCAUGGCUGGAAAUUCGGAAUUCGUGCCCCCUCUGCCGGUUCGAGCUGCCAACUGACGACCCUGAGUAUGAGAAUUGGAAAGGCAGGACGGCGGCGGCAGUGGCGGCAGCAGCAGGGAUUGGGGUUACCUCCGACGAGGAAUCACAGCUCAGGUAUGAUUUUGAAGUGUUGUCUGUAGGUUAGAGCUCUUAAAUGCAGCAGUUCUACUAGAAUACAUAGUGAAGAUGUGUUGAGGUAACUAAAUUUCUGUUCUUUGAACCUCUGAUGAUAGUAAUUAGUAGACAGUUUUCCCCUGUUUCAUGUUGUGACAGGAAAUUUGAAUUCUCAAUGUGUUGUACAGAAAACCAAUCUGAAUAUUGUGGUAUGUUAUGUAGCUUUUGCUGAA